AUGGCUGGAAUACCUGGUGUAUGGGUGGGUUUGACCUUUUACGACAUUUUUGUGAGCUACCUUAUGCAUCUACAUUCAAAGCUGGAGGUACGCGAGGUCGAGAUAAAGUAUAUCAAUUGGUUGUUUUCGUCAUCUUGCAAAUUUGUGGAAGUUUCGUAA